AUCAAACUACUUGCUUCCUGAAUUAGAAUAAAUUACUAGCCUACAGCUGAUAACAAUACUUUCGGUUUCCUCAAAAAAAUUUCAAAGUGCAGCACUUGAUGAUUGGAACAGAAAAUAUGUUUAAGAAGAUUGAGUUCCUGGAAGUUUCUAAAAGGAAGCUGUUGGGUCAAGGAUUAGGCUCAUGUUCUGUUGAGGAACUUCAAGAGAUUGGUAGCCAGCUAGAACAAAGCUUGAAGAACAUCAGGGCAAGAAAGGCCCAGUUAUUUAAGGAGCAGAUACAACAACUAAAAGUGAAGGAGAGAAUGUUAUUAGAAGACAACAGGCAAUUAUGUGAAAAGUGUGGUGGUAGUGGAAAGUUAUGGCAGCAAUCAUUAACCAAACAGAGGAAUGCAAUAAAUGAUAGCGCUCAAAAUAAGCAGUGUUCGGAGGUUGUGACGGAAUUGUUCAUUGGACUGCCACAAAGUCAUUAAAAUAUCAAAUGACUGAAUUAAUUUUUACUUGAAAUUAUUGUGUUGCUCCAAUUAUGUUGUAUGAUGGAUGUGAUUGGUUAGUCCACUAUUUUUCUCUAAUAUUUUCUUCUCUAGUUGUAUAUGACCUAAAUGUAAUUAUUAUAUACGGUGUUAGAAUACCAUGAAAAUAUGUAGUGAAGAUGUUGGGCAUCAUGACUUUGUACACUACUGAGAAAACUUAAAACAAUCCAGUUUUCAUUUCAAAAAUAAAUUAUUUUAAUAUUU